CGGAAAUCAGAAAUAACUUGUCGCAAAUCCACCAUUUUCCCUUUGUAACUAACCGGUGUUCAAAACACGUAUUUCGUGUUAAAACAUCAAAAUGAACACCGAAAAACUGAAAAAACUGCAGUCCCAAGUUCGUAUCGGCGGCAAGGGUACACCGAGGCGUAAGAAGAAGGUUGUACAUGCUACUGCAGCCACAGAUGACAAGAAACUGCAGUCAUCAUUAAAGAAACUAUCAGUUAACACUAUCCCCGGCAUCGAAGAAGUAAAUAUGAUUAAAGAUGACGGCACAGUUAUUCAUUUUAACAAUCCAAAAGCACAGGCCUCAUUGGCGGCUAACACUUUCGCUAUUACUGGCCAUGGAGAAAAUAAGCAAAUCGCAGAGAUGCUUCCGGGCAUCCUUAGCCAACUGGGGCCGGAGGGUUUGAGUCAGUUGAAGAGGCUUGCGUCGAGUGUAACGGCGCCAAAGCCGCUGGACGAGGACGAUGAAGUACCUAACCUCGUCGGCAACUUUGACGAAGCUUCCAAACAGGAGGCUAAAGAGGUUAUAACCGAGGAGAAGGAGGAAGUAAAAGAACCGGAGAAAGAGAAGGCUCCAGAAAAAGCUCCCGAAACAGAAACCAAAGCGGCCGAGAAGAAAUCCGAUUAAAUAGUCCCUUUCUUCAGAACAA